AUUGAUUCAGAUGACAUUGCCCAUCAGCGGAGAAGCGGACACGGACCUCCAGCACGGCUCACUAGGUGACGCUACCACCGAGUAUUCCUGUAACGAGCUCCCUAGCAACUUCUACAUAUGGAACUCCUCGUGGUGGUUCUGGCCCGAGUUCAAGGACGGCCGCAUCUUCCGCCCGGGCAAAAAGAUCCAGAAGUAUGAGAACUGUGACCCCUUUAAUGAUUAUGGGGCAAUGUGCGAGGUCGAAUACACGGUGCUCCAGCUACGUUACCGUUUUAACGUGGCUGUCAAGGACCCGAAACUGGAGCAGCACGUCCAGCACAGAUAUCCACUGCACAACAUCGAUGCAGGAAACAUGACGGCCAGCGUUGCAGCAGGACCCGCUAAGAUGACGCUGAAGAAAGAUUGCGGAGGGGAUUACUUCCUAUGCGAGAAAAUCGAUAUGGGCCCGAUUAUGGUCGAGGACGUGGUCUUCGACAACUUCACCGCCACUUGGCAGAAUAAGACAGUCGACACCGAGGACGCGGUGUUCCAGUGUAGGCUACGGGAACUGCUCGCCUACGUGGUCCACAAGUACUUCAAGGACAUGUCAUCUUGCAAACUGGUUGCAAAGGACGUGCUAAAGUCGAACAAAUGGAUAAAAAAACUGUCCCAUUUUCUCGCCACCUUUUAAAUUAUUCGCGUAUACGUACGGCGUUUAUGAAUAAAUUCAUUACGACAUAAGCA